AUGGUCGAAAGUGUCCUGCAGCAUCCAACUAUUGGGAACAUCAAGGGCGUCAUCAAGGUCCCUGGAGUUACCCAGCUGCUUGGAGUGCAGUACGCAACUCUUGCUGACCGGUUCGCUCCGGGUGUGCUCCUUGAGUCUUACCCAGCGGAUCAUGCCCGUGUCCGAGACGGCGUUCUGGAUGCCACUACAGUCGGGCCCAUCCCCAUCAGCCCCGCCAACGGUUGCAGCUGGGAGCACAGCCUCAUCCAGCAGUCUCUCCCAUCCCCGGAGUUUGAACAGAAUGACACCGAGUGUCUGACGCUCAACAUAGCUCUCCCCAGCAAAGUGGCAUCGACGUCGGCAUUGCCAGUACUCGCGCUCGUCCAUGGUGGUGCUUUUGCGACUGGAAGCAGCUCAUACCCUCAGUACGACUUGGCUCGCAUCGUUCAGAUAAGCAUAGAGCAAGAUCAGCCUAUCAUAGCGGUGGGCAUUAACUAUCGUCUGGGUGUUGCUGGAUUUCUAUACUCGUCGGCCAUGGCAGCCGCGGGAUACAAGCCGAACAAUGGCUUGGCCGACCAGCGCCUUGGCUUCAAGUGGAUCCGCAAGCAUAUUGCAGGCUUCAACGGUGAUCCGGAGUGUGUCACAUUCAUCGGUGAAAGUGCAGGAGCAGCGUCGGGCACCUUCCUCAUGCACUCCGAGGAACCCCUGUUCAGCCAAUUCAUUGGCAUGAGCGGCUCGUCUCUCGUGAAGGCCAAACCGAUGGCGCUCGCAGAGCGGUCGUUCGCUGCCGCUCUUGAGUUGCUUGCGACUGAUGGCGCCCCCGUCCCCUCAGGUGGGAAAGCUCAGGUGCAACGCUACCUUGACGCUUCCAUGGAGGACAUCCGGGAGAAGAUUGGGCGCAAGGUCCCCAUGGCCCCACUUAUAGACGGCGACCUGAUCCCUCGCGCCACGACGUACGCCGCCCUGGCCGACAAACGGGAGGCACUCAAGCUGUUCCCCGGCAUGAAGUGGUGCAAGAGGGUCUUGGUGGGCGACUGCCAAAUGGAUGGCAGCGCUUACGCACCUCGCGUGUCGGCACGAGCCGACAUCCUUCCGAAGACGCUCGCAGAUCACCUCAAAGCGACCUUCGACCCCAUCAACACAUCACUCGCACCUGCCAUCAUCUCCGGUUACGGCUUGGAAUCCACCGCAACGGCCAACACCCCCGAGUCACUUGUGGCUGUCUUAGGAUUGGCGACCGACAUUUGCUUCGCUCUUGGUGCCAGAGCCUUCGCCAGGGCAUGGUCCGAUGUGGGUUCGGAGACUGGCACUGAGUCCUUCCUAUAUCGCUUUAACGAACCCAAUCCAUGGGAUGGGCCGUGGAAGGGCCAUGCGACCCAUAUUCUGGACAUUGCAUUCGUGCUGCAAAACUACCGGGAGUGUUUGGCACCUGGCCAGCAAAAGGCAGGCGAUCGGUUUACCAAGGAUGUCAUUUCGUUCGUGAACGGAGGAUCACCUUGGCCGGCGUACAAAGACGGCGCCGAGGAAAGUGCGAUGGUGUACUUUGCAACGGAGCAAGGUGAGAAAGACGAGUCGCGCAUCGUGCCGCACGAGACGCCCGAGACGGUGGACAGAAGGGAUAUCAUCCAGAGGUUGAUGAAGCAAGAGGUAUUUGACAAAGUCAUGGAGGCCUGGGAGGGGUUCAUGAAGGGGCCAAAGUAG